UGCCUCAACAUUGAAAAUGAUAACCUGGCUGAGGUAAGCACGAUCACGAGCCCUGAACCCAAGCCAACAGAGAUGCACAACAGCUAUAAUUACUACAGCUCAUUACCCAUCGUGAGGAAAGAUGCCAACUGCGGCCCAGAUUUCCUGGGUAGUGUCGAGGGCCCCUUUUCCAGCAUUUUGCCACCAGAAGACACCAGCCCGCUGAGUGUGAACUCUUUAAGUGACAUGUCCCCUUCAAACUCUGAUUUCUGCGAGGAUUUCUACACGGCCUUUAUUGACAUGAAGGCGAGCAAUGACACAACAGCGCCAAACACCAUCAGUCAGUCGCUCGUGGAAAUCCUAAGUGAACCUAUCGAUCUUUCUGAUUUCUCACUGUGUAAAGCUUUUAAUGGCAACCACUCAGGAACCGCCCCAGAAUGUAAUGAUUCUGACUCUGGUAUUUCACUGAACGCAAGUUCUGCUGUAGCAUCACCUGAGCACUCUGUUGAGUCCUCUGCCUACGGAGAUAAGAGUUUUGGUUGUAGCGAUUCAGAAAUGGAGGAGAUGGACAGUGCUCCUGGCAGCGUGCUGCAGAGCAACGCCAGCACCUACUCCUUGCAGUUCCAGGAUCAAGUGUUUUCUCCCGUGGGGCCAGGCGCUCAACCACACGGUUUGCAGGGUACAAACACACCAAAGAAAGAGCCCCCUCCUAGUCCAGGCCACCCCGAAGCUCCGUUCACAAAAGAUAAACCUUCAAGCCGCCUCGAAGCUCAUCUCACAAGAGAUGAGCAAAGAGCCAAAGCUCUGCAGAUCCCUGUUCCUGUUGAACAAAUCAUCAAUCUCCCCGUUGAUGACUUCAACGAAAUGAUGUCCAAGGAGCAGUUUAACGAAACCCAGCUGGCGCUCAUUCGAGAUAUACGCAGGAGAGGCAAGAACAAAGUGGCUGCUCAAAACUGCCGUAAAAGAAAACUGGAAAAUAUAGUGGAACUGAAGCAAGACUUGAGCAACCUCAAAGUUGAGAAAGAGAAAUUGCUUAAGGAGAAAGGAGAGCAUGACAAAAGCCUCCGCCAAAUGAAAAAGCAGCUGACCACCUUGUAUCUCGAGGUCUUCAGCAUGCUGCGGGACGAGGACGGGAAGUCCUACUCCCCUAGCGAAUAUUCCCUGCAGCAAACCAGAGAUGGCAACGUCUUUCUUGUUCCUAAGAGCAAGAAGUCAGAGACUAAGCUGUGA